AUGUCUUCGAGAGAGCAACGGCCCAAAGAAAAGGACAAAGAUAGGGACAAGUCCAAGGUGCACAAGCUCUCCCUCAAGGGUAGCGCAAGGCUUGUCGCCGAGUUCUUCCAAUACUCCAUUCACACCAUCCUGUUCCAAAGAGGCGUGUAUCCAGCCGAAGAUUUUACCGCAGUCAAGAAAUAUGGGCUCAACAUGCUCGUCUCUGCCGACGACCAGGUCAAAGCCUACAUCAAGAAGAUCAUGAGCCAGCUCGACAAAUGGAUGGUUGGCGGGAAAAUAUCCAAGCUCGUCAUCGUGAUUACAGACAAGGACACAGGCGAACACGUUGAGCGAUGGCAGUUUGACGUCCAACUCUCGCAACCGGCCAAACCCAAGUCGAAGUCUACGCCGCAACCCGACCAAGAAAACGCCCCCCCGGGAGCAAAGUCGGCUGCCGAUUCGGAAAAAACAGAGGCCGAGAUCCAGGCUGAAAUCGCGGCUAUUUUCAGGCAAAUCACCGCCUCUGUCACUUUCCUACCUCAGUUAAACGGAGAUUGUACAUUCAACGUCCUGGUGUACGCUGAUGCCGACAGCGACGUGCCUGUGGAAUGGGGCGACUCGGACGCAAAGGAGAUUGCGAAUGGCGAGCAUGUCCAGCUGAGGGGGUUCAGUACAGCGAAUCAUCGCGUGGAUACACUGGUGAGCUACAGACUUGGCGAUUAG